CCCCUAUGAAUCCAUUUAUUCCGUGGGGGAGAAAAGUAUAUACUGGUGGAAGGAUUGUGAAAGACAAAUAAUUUGAGGAGAGGAAUGUUGAGGGAGAAGUUGGCCGGCCGGUCGACGGUGCCGUCUUCGUCGCAUUCGCUCCUACUCAACGCCGUGUCGUCGGAGAGAAUUUUCGACGAAUUGCCGGAAGCGAGGAUCGUUUCCGUGUCCAGACCGGAGACCGCCGCCGGUGACAUCAGCUUCAGCCCCUUUCUCUUCACCUACACUAUUCAACUCCGAUACAAACAGUUCAAGUGGAUCUUAGUGAAGAAGGCUUCACAAGUUAUUUACCUACACUUUGCACUCAGGAAGCGCUCAGUAAUUGAGGAAUUCCAUGAAAAACAAGAGCAGGUUAAGGAGUGGCUUCACCACAUAGGAUUAGGAGAACAACAAUCUGAUGAUGAUCCUGAUGAUGGAGCUGCCCUUGCAUAUAAUGAAAGUAGUGUUAGAAACAGGCAUGUUCCAUCUAGAGCAGCUUUACCAAUCAUCCGGCCUUCAUUGGGGAGGCAACAUGCAAUCUUGGAGAGAGCAAAAAGUGUGAUGCAAGAUUAUUUGAACCAUUUUCUGGGGAACUUAGAUAUUGUAAAUUCUAGUGAGAGAAGAAAGAAGACUCCAGAUGUUGUACGUGUUGUGGGCUUGGUUGUUGCAAGAAUGAUUGGCAAAAGGUUUGGGCUGUUCUGAAGCCCAGUUUCUUAGCUUUACUAAGAAGCCCCCUUGACACUGAACUAUUGGACAUAUUUGUUUUUGAUCCCCUUCCUGCUGGUAAUAGUAAGGGUGAGGUGCAAGUAAGUUUGGCCGAGGAGAUACGGGAUCACAAUCCUUUGCGUUAUUCAUUCAAGGUCAGCCGCUGGACUUGUUUGAUCACUAUUCACUAGUAUUUUACUUGCCUUCAACUACACCAUCCACUAGUUUUAAAGUUUUAUAACCCAAAAAAUCAAAAGAUUUGUUUUUC